AUGACUAAGAAGAAUAAUUCCUAUAACCGUACACGUAUGUCCAAUGAUCAACCAUUCUUUGAGAAAGCUCCAACAUCUGCUUGGAGAAGAGGUGCCACCAACAGCAAUUCCAAAAAGAGAUCCAUAUAUGGUAAUGGCAAAACAGUCGAUCAGAUCGUUGGCAUUGCAAAUGAAUCAAAAGCUUCAUCUUUCUCCUCUUCCAAGAAUCGUCCAGUCUCAAAGGACUCUCUUCUUCAACUCUUGGCAAUUCAAGAUCCCAAACAACCUGUGAUGGUCAAAGGUGUUAUUACAGAGAUUUAUCCUGAAGCAUUUGCCUAUGCCUUAUCUGAUCCAACGACCACCAUACGUGUGGAAAUACUUCCUGAGGAGGGUCAUGAAGAAUCAUCCUGGGUCGAUGUUGCUGAGAAUCGAUUGAAAGUUGGAACUCGAGUCCAAUUAGUGGUCCAAUGGAAAAAAAAACCCAACCUCAUUGAUUUUGUUUGUUUCCAAUCCAACUAG